AUGGCUACUGGACCAAUUGUCUUGGUAACCGGUGCUGCCGGCGGCAUCGGCUUCGAAAUUGUUCGCACCUUGCUCACAGAACUUGGCGGCUGCGUAGUGGCCAGCGACAUCGCCAAGGGGAAUCUGGAGAGGUUGUGCUUAGCAGACGCUGAUCGGCUUGAAGUGGUUGUGGGGGAUAUCACUCAGGAGAAAACGUCAAUCGAAGCAGUAAGCCGGGCGGUCGACCGGUUUGGUGGAUUGACAGGAGUCUGCCUCAAUGCAGGAGUAUUUGGACCGUGUCACCGAUUGCAUAAUUCGGACCCGGAGAAAUGGACGAAAGCCAUCCAGGUCAACCUCAUGUCGCACCUCUACACGUUGAAACACGCACUUCCACAUCUCCGCCAGACUUACGGCAAAGUCAUCUUCACCACUUCCGCCGCCGGGCAUCAGGCUCUUUUCGCGGGCUGGGGUUUCUACGGUGUGUCCAAAGCCGCCGUGGCCUUCGAAGCCAAGCAGCUCCACCUGGAAGAGCCCUCGCUGACCGUGCUGGGAUUAUCACCGGGCCUAUGCGAUACUAAAAUGGUGCAAGACCUGAUGAACGGGGCACACGAGGGUUGGUCACAGGAGGAUGCGGCAAAUUACAGAAAGGCUUUUGCAGGGUACGAGCUGUCCAAGCCUGAAGUUGUUGGUCGGGCUUAUGCAUACGCCGUCACCAAGGCAUCAAGGGAGAUUUCCGGAUCAGUGUUAGAAUAUACAGCGCCCGAAAUACAAGGCCUUAUUGCCAGUACAUAA